AUGGGGUCAGGGCAGUCGUCACUGAGCUAUAGAACUGCUUUUGUUGAAUUAACAAAUAAAACUCAACCUAUCGAUGCCAAUAACAACGAAUUUUGGGAUCAAUUUUGGUGUGAUGGUCCGACAAAGAUUAGUGAUAUGUUUGCAUCGGUUCCUGGAAGUGAGAUUAGAACAUUAAGGGAAGAAUCUCCUGGUAAUCUAGCAACACUUUGCUAUAAAGCAGUUGACUGCCUUGCACAAAUUGCUGAGGACUCUUUCCCAACUAUUCAGGAUCAGCAAACCGCUAUUAACUGUGUUCGACUUUUAAGCCGUAUUAUACCAUAUCUGUUUGAGGAUCCAGAAUGGAGGCCAUUCUUUUGGUCUGUUUUACCUGCUCAAAAUGACUCAAAUUCCGAUGUUACAAGUAGUGUUCCUUUGGCUCAAACUCUUAUAUCUUCUCUUUGUGAUUUACUUUUCUGCCCUGAUUUUACUGUCCACUCUCUAACAAAACCUGGUCCUGAUAAUGCGGAAGAUAUGCAUACAAUCGAUAGUUGCGAAUAUAUCUGGGAAGCCGGAGUGGGUUUUGCGCAAUCGACUCCACCAAACGCCCAACAUGACGAAAACCGCACGGAAAUUAUCCGCCUCCUCCUUGUCUGCUUCUCUGAAACAAUGUAUCUCACCCAGAGCGAAGCUCGAAGUGAAGUGAACAAAUGGAUUUCCUUUUUCUCCGGACCUGAAAACCGACACGUUCUUCCACUUUUCACUUCUCUCCUCAAUGUUGUCUGUGCUUACAAUCCCAGUUCUUCCUCACUCCCCUACAAUCAUUUAAUGUUUACGGAUUCGAGGGAACCUCUUGUCGAGGUUGCACUUCAAGUUCUUUGUGUCACUCUUGAAGCUGAAAUACCCAGUCUGGAUACAACGGGAAAGGGGCCCUUGAAUAGCUCAACUUCAGAUGUUGGUGGUGGCACUAACCUCUUUCUAAAUUACAUGUCGCGUAUUCAUCGAGAUGAGGAUUUCUCAUUCAUUUUGGAGGGGAUAACGCGACUACUGAAUAAUCCACUGACACAAACCUACUUACCAGGAUCCACGAAGAAGGUCGAAAUGCAUCAGGAAUUGCUGAUUCUUUUCUGGCGUAUUUGCGAUGUCAAUAAAAAAUUCAUGUUCUACGUCCUGAAAUCCUCCCGAGUCCUCGACGUCCUUGUCCCCAUCCUCUACCACCUCGUUGAGGCCCGAAAUGAUCAAUCUCAAUUGGGUCUGAUGCAUAUUGGCAUUUUCAUCAUUCUCCUAUUAAGCGGAGAACGCAAUUUUGGAGUGAGAUUAAACAAACCUUACACCAAUCGAACUGCCUUCGAUAUUACGCUUUUCACGGGUAACCAUGCCGAUCUUCUCAUCAUUGUGAGUUUCGAAUUGCUAGCUUUAUUUUACCGGAUGCAAUCUUCUUGA